CUCUCGCCUUUGCUCAGCUGACUUACGCUAUGUCUCUCUUUUUCGGCUGCAGAGAAAACAGCUUUGGUCGCUGGGUCCUCAUUUGACGCUCCAAAAAUCGAAACAAGUUCGGAGUAGGCGCGUCAAGGCAGUUUGACACGUGUCAUAACGCUUCUAGUGCGGCAUAGAACAGGCUGAUACAGCUCAACUGAGACUGUCACUUACUGCUACGCUGUAAAGUUAAUAAACACACAUACUUCAGGAUGGCUGCUCCUCGUCUCGCUCUGUCUGUGUUUGUGUUGAUGCUGGCAGCCGUCACUCUCAGUGAAGGUUUGCGCGGUUCUGGUCCAAGGAAAUGCUGCUUUCGUUUCAAUUAGAAUCCCAUGCCUAAAAGCCGAGUGGUCAGCUACAUCAGGACCAGCAAGCAGUGCUCCAACCCUGCUGUGUUGCUGAAGACAGAGGCAGGUCGUCAGCUGUGUGUCAGACCAUCAGCUCCUUGGGUGAAGGAGCUCAUCAGCCACCUGAAUGCCAAACUUGUCCCAGGGGAGUCAUCCAACCUGUAACCGUGGCAACACCACUAUCAGAGCCUCCGGUGAACAAAAUCUGGCUGGUUAAUGUGGAAUAAUACUGCAGCUUUUCAAACUAUAACUUUUCAAGUAAGAGGUGUUAAAUGCAAAUAUGUUACUAUCCCCACUGUAACAUCUGCAGGUGGAUAAUCAUAAGCUAAACAGCAGCUCUCUGUCUAUCUAUGUGCAAAAUAUAUACAAAAUAUUCUUAUAUCUUGUAACAUGCUCUGAUAAGAUUUGCUGAGAUAAGUUGUAUUUAUAUACACACAAUGUUGUUAAGAUGCCAUUUUUAUAAUUGUGACAUUUCCAUCAUAUUUUCUACAUUUUAUUAG